GCGGCCUGGAAGCACCGGGCCGAGGCCGGCGGCGCUGCCCGCCCCGCGGUGCACCCAGGGCGGCGAGGGCGGCGCGGCGAGCGCGGUGCGUCCCGCGCGGCCUAGCGCGGCCUGCCGCCAUGGGGAAGAAGGGGAAGCGGGAGAAGAAGGGGAAGGGGGCUGAGAAGACGGCGGCGAAGAUGGAGAGGAAGGUGUCCCGCAGAGCCAGGAAGGAGGAGGAGGAUCUUGAAGCCCUGAUAGCAGAAUUCCAGAGUUUAGAUGCUAAAAAGACCCAAGUAAUUGAGACAGCCUGCCCACCGCCCUCACCCAGGCUGAAUGGCUCCCUGUCUGCUCACCCUGAGAAAGACGAAUUGAUCCUUUUUGGAGGUGAAUAUUUCAAUGGCCAAAAAACGUACCUGUAUAAUGAACUGUAUGUUUACAACAUCCGGAAGAACAGCUGGACUAAAGUAGAGAUCCCCAACCCACCCCCAAGGCGAUGUGCUCACCAGGCAGCGGUGGUGCCCACAGCUGGUGGGCAGCUCUGGGUGUUCGGCGGGGAGUUUGCGUCUCCCAAUGGGGAGCAGUUCUACCACUACAAGGAUCUCUGGGUCCUGCAUCUGGCUACCAAGGCCUGGGAGCAGAUCAAGGCAUCAGGAGGUCCUUCUGGAAGAAGUGGGCAUCGCAUGGUUGCUUGCAAAAGACAGCUGAUCCUCUUUGGAGGUUUCCACGAGAGUGCAAGAGAUUACAUCUAUUAUAAUGAUGUAUAUGCCUUCAACUUGGACUCCUUCACCUGGAGCAAGCUGUCUCCAUCGGGGAUUGGGCCUGCUCCAAGAUCGGGAUGUCAAAUGGCUACCACUCCUGAGGGCAGCGUAAUCAUCUAUGGAGGCUACUCCAAACAGAGAAUUAAGAAAGAUGUUGACAAAGGCACCCUGCAUACAGAUAUGUUCCUGCUGAAGGCUGAAGGCUCAGGCAAGGAGGAAGACAAGUGGGCAUGGAGUCGGCUCAACCCAUCUGGAGUGAAACCCACUCCCAGGUCUGGCUUCUCCGUGGCAGUGGGUCCCAAUAACCGCUCCCUUCUGUUUGGAGGUGUGCAUGAUGAGGAAGAGGAGGAGAGCAUUGAAGGGGACUUCUUCAAUGAUAUUUAUGUCUACGAUAUUGGGAAAAACCGCUGGUUUCCUGGACAGCUAAAGGGACCUAAGUCAGAGAAGAGGAAGCGAAGACGUGGCAGACAAGCGGAGGCAGAGGGAGCUGGAGAUGAAGAGGUGGAGAAGCAAGCUCCGCAAGGCCCAGUGGAGAUCAUCAAAGAAGUGGUGGCAGAAGAUGGGACUGUCAUGACGAUCAAGCAGGUGAUCUCUGGGCCUGCAGGAGAGAAGGAGAGAUCUGAAUCGGAGGAGGAGGAGGAGGAAGAUGGAGCCUUGAGCCCACAAGUAGAGCCAUGCCCACGUUCAAAUGCCAUGCUGGCGGUGAAGCACGGGGUUCUCUAUGUGUAUGGGGGAAUGUUUGAGGUGGGUGAUCGCCAGUUCACCCUCAGUGACCUCUACAGCAUCGACCUGCACAAGAUGGAAGAAUGGAAAGUGCUAGUGGAGAUGGAUCCAAAGGCACAAGAAUGGCUGGAGGAGUCGGAGUCGGAUGAAGAGGAGGAUGAUAUGGAAGGUGCAGAAGGCGGGGAAGAGGAAGAGGAGAGCUCUGAAGAAGAGAGCGAAGAUGAGGAGGGAGAAGAGCAACACCCAUCUGUUCAGCGUGAUGAGAAGCACGCAGACUAUCUGUCCAGGACGGAGCAGUAUUGGAUUAAACUAGCCCGGAGCAACAUGGGCCCAGAUGCCAAGGAGAAGAAGGUGGUGAAAGUGGCACAUGCCAUGGCAAAGACAUUCUAUGAAGAUUCAGUCUAGAUGAUGUGGAGGCUGUUCUGUGAGUGCAGAAACAUGCUGGGAGCAGUGGUUGGGCCCACUGAAAUCAGCCUGAUGUGGCAGGCAGUCAGUGUAUCCAGAAGGCUCCCUGGAACUCCAUAUGAGUGCCUCUGGGCUGACCUGUCUCAAUAUGCCUCGUUGGUUAACGCUCUCGAUGUGCUGUUAUUCCCUGGAGGUUAUGGGAGGAUCUUGAGGAACAGGAUUGCUGUCCAAGCACUUGUUCUAAGACUGGAGUAUAUAAUACUGUCAUCAUUUGUUCAGAAGUUGUUUGGAGUCUGGGAAGACAAACUGCACAUCACAAUGGUUCUCUAGUCCCAAAUUCCCCACCCUUACUGGGGCCAGAACUUGUCCCCAAGGAUGUCUAUAAUAAACUUCUUUGGUU